AUGUCUGCUUCAAGCUUGAUCGUGACACUCAACUCACAGAAAAAAGGGCUGAAGCACUUGUAUUGGGCAAAUCAGGUUGGAUAUCUAGAUUAUCUCAGCAGUACCCCAACCGAAUCCAGGCGGGAGGAGAUCCCCGAGAAGGAUCUAACCAAGCAGAUACUGGGCUAUGACAGGCAGGGAAUUAUUGAGAGCCGUGCAAUCUGUGCGGCACCUUUCAAAUCGUCGUCUCGUGGAUCAUAUCAAUACUACGCUCCCUGCGCAGAUUAUGAUACCCACCGAGUUCUUUGA